AUGGAUAUCCCAACCUUUGCCUCAUGCUUGAACAUCGUGAUACACAUUAUCCUUGCCUUUGCGACUCUCGCCGCCGCCAUUGCCCUGAUUUAUACCGCAGGCUGCUCCCUGGGUUAUCCGUUUGGCCAACUUCUCCUGCCAUACAUUCAACAAGUCAUGUCAGACACACGCAAUACCCAAACGCAUGACCAACGGGCUUCUCCUCAACCUGAGUCAUCCAAAGAUCAGGGCCGAAAUUUCUCAGAGGAUAAGUUAGCACGCAUUAUUGGGGCAAUGAUUGCGUUCUUUUUCAGUUUUACGGCUUUGAUGAUUGAACUUUUCUUGGAGGGACAGAAGGAUAUCACUGGAGAGGCUAAUGGGUGGGAUCUUUGGCGCAUGAGUGCGGUCUUGAUGCGAGUGUGCGUGGAGGGUGUUUUGACAUUGGUUAUUUUACGGGUGAUCCGAUACUCCGUGUUAAAGAUGUCGCGUUAA